GAACCUUUGUAAUCAUGGAGUGUACUUCAUCGCAGCAAAUUCAAGCUUAUGCGGUUUAGCAGCAAAUAACUUCUUCAGGAACAUCCUCCACGUCAGAAAGGCUUCCCUGGUGUCUGCUUUGCCAAUGGCCGUUAUCCCGUUUCUUUCAACAGCAGCGGCUUAUGAAGCUUUUGUGCAUGAGCCCUUGUUUUCAGGUGACCUGAACUGCGAGGUCUGUGCCGUGGUCAGAGGAGGGCUGAUAGGGGCUGCUGUUGGGGGGCUCUAUCCCAUCCUCCUGGCUCUCCCCAUGAAUGCAAGCCUGGCAGCCAGGUAUUCUUCAUCUCCCUUGCCGGGGAAAGAAAAUAUGUUACGCUUCUGGCUCACAGUUGCUCAGCCUGUCUUUAGAAAGUUGAGUUUGGGGGUACUCGCACAGGCUCUGACUGGGUUGUAUCUUGCCACUAAACAUCACAGGAUAUACAUCAAAGUACUGCAGCAGAUGAACACUGGCAGGGAUCCUGAAGAGUUGCAAGCAUGA